AUGUCCAGUGUGUCUGAUGACGAAUCUGAUUAUAUAUCAGAUGGGUCUGACUACCAAGAACUGGCUAUCACAACAACAAAACCAAAACCAAAAUCAAAAUCAAAAACACCAUUGUCGGAAACAUCAUCAACUAUAAAUAAACCAAAUACAACAUCAAAACCUUCAAAUGCAUCUGAAACGUAUCAGAAAUUAUCACAAUUAGAACAUAUCUUGAAAAGACCAGACACUUAUAUUGGAUCAAUUGAAAAGACAAAUGUAGAAAUGUGGUGUUUUGAUUCUGAAUCAGAACAAAUGAAACAAAAAGAAGUUACUAUUGUCCCUGGGUUAUAUAAAAUAUUUGAUGAAAUAUUAGUAAAUGCAGCAGAUAAUAAGAUAAGAGAUCCAACAAUGAAGAACAUCAAAGUUAAAAUAGAUCCGGAAAAUAAUGUAAUUCAAGUUUUCAAUGAUGGCAAAGGUAUACCUAUUGAAAUGCAUACGAAGGAAAAAAUGUGGAUUCCUGAAUUAAUUUUUGGUAAUUUAUUAACAUCUUCAAAUUAUGAUGAUGAUCAAAAAAAAGUAACUGGUGGUAGAAAUGGAUUUGGAGCAAAAUUAUGUAAUAUUUUUUCAACUCAAUUUGAAGUAGAAACUGCUGAUUUAAAUACUGGUAAAUUAUAUAAACAAGUAUGGACUGAUAAUAUGACAAAAGUAGGUAAACCUAAAAUAAGUACAUUAAAAACCAAGAAAGAAUAUACUAAAAUUACAUUCAAACCUGAUUUAGGUAAAUUUGACAUGGAUAGUUUGGAUGAUGAUUUAUUAUCUGUGUUAAGAAGAAGAGUUUAUGAUUUAUGUGGUACUGUAAAAGAUUGUAAUAUUUACUUAAAUGAUAAAAGAUUAAGUACUUCAACUUUUAAAAGUUAUGUUGAAAUGUAUGUUAAAGCUAUAAAGGAAAAAAGUCCAGAACCAGAAUUUACUGAAAUUAAAAAUCCUACAACUAUUGUUCAUGAAGUAUUCAAUGAUAGAUGGGAAAUUGCUUUUGCAUUAAGUGAUGGAUCAUUCAAUCAAGUAAGUUUCGUCAAUUCAAUUGCUACUACAGCUGGUGGUACACAUGUUAAAUACGUUUCAGAUCAAAUUAUAAAUAAAUUAGUUGAUACAUUAUCUAAAAAGGAAAAAGGUAAAAAAAAAUUGAUGAUUAAACCAAAUGAAGUUAGAGAAAAUAUGUUUAUCUUCAUCAACUGUUUGAUUGAAAAUCCUGCAUUCACAUCACAAACUAAAGAACAAUUAACUACAAAAGUAUCACAAUUUGGUGGGAAAGAUAAAUUUGUUGCUUCAGAUGAAUUAAUUAAACGUAUAUUAAGAACAGGUAUAGCUGAAAAAAUUAAAGCUAUAGCUAAUGCUAAUGAAGAUAAAGCACUUCAAAAAGCUGAUGGAUCUAAAAAAUCGCGUAUUAAAGGUCAAGUAAAUUUAGUUGAUGCAAAUAAAGCUGGUACUAAAGAUGGAUUUAAAUGUACUUUGAUAUUAACAGAAGGUUUAUCUGCUAAAAAUUUAGCUGUUGCAGGUAUGACUGUGAUUGGAAGAGAUUAUUAUGGUUGUUUUCCAUUAAGAGGUAAAUUAUUGAAUGUUCGUGAAGCAUCAGCUGAUCAAAUUGCCAAAAAUGCUGAAAUUAAUGCUUUAAAACAAAUUAUUGGAUUACAACAUAAAAAAGCAUAUAAUCCGGAAAAUAUUAAAUCUUUAAGAUAUGGUCAUAUAAUGAUCAUGACAGAUCAAGAUCAAGAUGGUUCACAUAUUAAAGGUUUAAUUAUAAAUUUCCUUGAAACUUCUUUUCCUGGAUUAUUAGAUAUACCAGGAUUUUUAUUAGAAUUUAUUACUCCAAUUGUUAAAGUAACCAUAAAAGGUCGUGGAGCUAAAACAGUUAUUCCUUUUUAUACAAUGCCUGAUUUUGAAAGUUGGAGAGAAGGAGAAGGUAAAACAUGUCGUUGGACUCAAAAAUAUUAUAAAGGUUUAGGUACCUCCACAUUAAUGGAAGCAAGAGAAUAUUUUCAAGCUUUAGAUCGUCAUAUGAAAAGAUUUCAUGCUUUACAAGGAGAUGAUAAAAGUUGUAUUGAUUUAGCAUUUUCCAAAAAGAAAGCAGAUGAAAGAAAAGAUUGGUUACAAAAUUAUGUACCAGGAAAUCAAUUAGAUCCUGAAUUAAAUGAAAUUCCUAUAAGUGAUUUUAUAAAUAAAGAAUUAAUUUUAUUUUCAAUGUCAGAUAAUGUUAGAUCAAUACCUUCUGUAUUAGAUGGAUUGAAACCUGGUCAAAGAAAAGUAUUAUAUGGAUGUUUUAAAAGAAAAUUGAAAAAUGAAAUAAAAGUUGCUCAAUUAGCAGCAUAUGUAGCUGAAAGUACUGGUUAUCAUCAUGGUGAAGUUUCAUUAGUUCAAACCAUUAUUGGUAUGGCUCAAAAUUUUGUUGGUUCAAAUAAUAUUAAUAUUUUGAAACCAAAUGGUGCUUUUGGUUCUAGAGAAGCAGGUGGUAAAGAUGCAGCAGCUGCAAGAUAUAUUUUUACUGAAUUAACUGAAAUUACAAGAGCUAUUUUUAAUCCUGCAGAUGAUCCAAUUUAUACAUAUGUUCAAGAUGAUGAACAAACAGUAGAACCUCAAUGGUUUUUACCUGUUUUACCAAUGGUUUUAGUAAAUGGAGCUGAAGGUAUUGGUACUGGUUGGUCUACAAAUAUCCCAUCAUUUAAUCCAAAAGAUAUUGUUGAAAAUAUAAGAAGAUUAAUGAAGAAUGAACCAUUAUUGGAAAUGACUCCAUGGUAUAAAGGUUGGGAAGGUUUUAUUGAACCAAAUGGUCCACAAAAGUAUAGAGUUACAGGAAAAAUUGAACAAAUUGAUGAUAAUACUUUAGAAAUAACUGAAAUUCCAAUAAAGACAUGGACAAAUACAGUAAAAGAAUUUUUAUUAUCUGGAUUUGGAAAUGAAAAAACUCCACAAUGGAUUAAAGAUAUGGAAGAACAUCAUACAACAAAUAUUAGAUUUAUUGUAAAAUUAAAUGAUGUAGAAAUGGAAAAAGCUUUAAGAACAGGAUUAUUAGAAAAAUUUAAAUUAGUAUCAUCAUUAAGUUUAGCAAAUAUGGUUGCAUUUGAUCCUUAUGGUAGAAUUAAAAAAUAUAAUGAUGUAAAUGAUAUAUUAAAAGAUUUCUUUUAUGUUAGAUUAGAAUAUUAUGAAAAAAGGAAAAGUCAUAUGUUAGAAAUGAUUCAACAAAAAUUAACAAUGAUUUCAGAACAAGCAAGAUUUGUUAAAAUGAUUAUUGAAAAACAAUUAUCAGUUGCAAAUAAAAAGAAAAAAGAAUUAAUUAAAAUUUUAGAACAAAAUGAAUUUAUUAAAUUUACAAAAGAUGGUAAACCUAUUCAAAAUUCUAAUGUUGAUCAAACAUUUAUUGAUGAUGAAGAUUCAGAAGAAGAAAUUGAAAAUGAUGGUGAUGUUUCUGCAUUGAAUUUAAAACAAACAAAUACAGAAGUUGAAGGUGAACAUAGACCAGAUACAAUUUUUUCAUCUUAUGAAUAUUUAUUAGGUAUGACAAUUUGGUCAUUAACUUAUGAAAGAUAUAUUAAAUUAAUUAAUGAAAAAGAUAAUUUACAAAAAGAAUUAGAUAUUUUAAUUGGUAAAAGUGCAAUUGAUUUAUGGAACCAUGAUUUAGAUGAAUUUAUGAAACAAUAUGAAUUAUUUUUAGAAAGAGAUGAACAAGAAAGAGAUCAUUUAGCAAGUAAUGGUAGUAAGAAGAAACCAACAAAGAAAAGAAAAGCAAUUGAAUCUAAAAAGGAGAAGGAACCUGCAACAAAGAAAUUAAAAACUGAACCAAAAGUAACAAAAACCACAGCAGUCAAAUCAAAAGAACCAAGUCCAAUAUCGGUAUCUACUUCCACAUCUACAUCUACAUCUACUCCAACACCAGUUGUCAAAAAGGAAUCAAAACCAACAUCAGAUAUUCUUUCAUUCUUUUCACCAAAUAGUAAAUUAAAAAAUCAACAAAUAAAGUCAAAAUCAAAAGAAAGAGUAAAACCAUCAACAUCAAUGUUUGAUUCAGAUGAUGAUGAUAUAUUUGAAAUAAAAUCAACACCUCCAAAACCUAACCCAUCUUCUACAAAACCAAUUAAUACUAUAAAAAAGAAAUCUAAAAUUCUUGAUGAAUUAGAUGAUUUAACUAUUAUGGGAGAAAAAGUUGAAAUAUUAGAAGAUAAAAGAAGAUCAGGUAGAUCAACAAGACCAACAACUAAAAAUUCAAAAAAGAAAAUUAGUAUUAUAGAAUCUGAUUCUGAUUUUGAUUCUGAUGAUGGUGGAAAUGAUGAUGUUGUUAUUGUUGAUGAUGAUGAUUCACAACUGGUAUUUCUUGAUAAUGAUGAUGAUGACUAUAAUGAAUAA